GUUCAUACGCGAAUUUAUCAACGUCAAAGUUUUACACAGUUCAUAAUUAUUCUGCGUGUGUCAUAAUCAAAAUUCCUCAAAAAAUUGCUCAUUUGCCACUUCAUCAUAUUUCAAUCAACAUAAUUAUUUUUCUUCCAUCUCUGCUUUCUCCCAUUGCUGCCGGAUCGCGUCCACAACAACCGUCAUCGGUGCACACGUCACCGGAAUCGCCCGAUUAACACUGGAAAGACGUAAAGGAGAUGAAUAUCUCCGCGGGCGCAGCCAGCGUAGAUGGAGCUGGCGUGGUUUGGUUUUCAAACAGACGCGCCAAAUGGCGCCGGGAAGAAAAGCUACGCUCGCAAAAGCGAUUGAUCAAUCAAGUGGGAUCCAAUGGGUCCCAGCCGGGAAUGGCCUCAACGAUAUGCUCCCCAUCGGCAACGAAGAUCUACAACUCAGAGUAUGACAAUCCUUAUGCAGCAGCCGCCGCCGCAUCGCAGCCUACUUCGGACUGUUACAGUUCUAUAUCGAAUUCUGUUGGACUGAUGUCGGGGCAGCCGCCUCGAGACAACUAUCAAUACCUUCUUUCCGAUUCCCUGCACUCCCUUAGUAUGCCUUACUCCUUUCACCACCGCUUACCCUGCAGUUCGCCGUCCAGCGUUCAACCGAUGGAUCUCAACACUCAUUCAGCCGCUUCGGCGGCUGCUGCAGCUGCUGCGGCGUCCGCCUACAGUCAGUCGAUAAGCAUGACAGAUCUUUCGCAGAUGACCCCAUCAAGUGCGGCGGCGGCGGCUGCAGCUGGACUUCCGCCGCCGCCGCGUCAUCUACCGAUAAUAACAAGCGCAAUCACCCCGAAUCCGGGCUCGGCCAGUAAUGAGAUUGAACCGGCUGGUCCCGGAGCUGGCAGUGGGCACUACAUUACACGACUGGAAUAGUCUCUAAGUCAGCCGCUGCCGUUAACCCAUCAUCAUCACCACCACCACCAACAGCAGCAGCAGGCCCCUCCUCCUCCACCACCUUCCCAAUCUAGCAUCCAGCAGGCUCAGUCUUCGGUGGACCAUCAUCCGCUAGCGCCGAUAGAACUCACGAGUACCGCGCCACCACAGCAGCAACAGCCGCCUAGCGACAUGGAAGGAUGAGACUGAAGAUGAGAUCUAGAGGGUUGAGUUCUAAUGGCGGGUGAUUGAGCAUAAAUGGAUUAUUUUGAAAUCAAGUGAUUGGUCGCGGUAAAAAUCUUAAUUAAAGCAGCAGUUCUUGACUAAGGCUAGUAUCUAAUGAUCGCCAUUGUUUCAACGUGAGUGCUGAAAGAGUUACCUUCAAUGAUCCAUUAAUGUAUUAUUGAUGCCAUGCAGAGAGUAAUUCGCUGAUGCGAGAAUAAAAGAAUUGACCGCUCUUGGACGCUUGAUCGAUUCAUCGAAUUACUUCGAGCAACUAUUCUGUUCGCUAAAUCCUCCCAGAAAGCCCUCGACUGACGGUUGUUUCAUGAAAUGUGAUAUUGUAAUAUGUUAAUUAGCACACAUUUUAAUCAAAAUAAAAUGAAAGCAUAAUUAUUAUCGUAGCAGAUGUGUAGGUUUUCCGUCGGAUUUGAAAAAUCCGCACGACACAAUAUGUAGAAGCAUUCAAAAUGGUAUGGUUUUUAUGCGCAAGUUAUUAUAGCUAGACCCAAAAAAACAAUUAGCGAAAAUGGUUUUGAACAGAGGAAUUAAACGACAACUAGAGUUGUAGGACUAUUUAUAGGAACAUAUAGCGUGACAGGAUUCGACGAGAUGAAAGGAAGCGCAAGUGAUUUCCCGAUACAGCUGCAUCUGGUGAGCCUAAUGAACAAAGAAGUUAAAGCAGGCACAACAAAACGACAACCGAAAUAAUAUUCAAACCAAUGUGUAUGUACUUGUGUAAGAAUUUGUGAUCACCAAUUUAUUCCAUUGAAAACAUGAAAGGAAAAUGUGUUAAAUCUUAUAUGAUGGAUUGGGAUCUAACGGAAACGAAUUUUGACAAAUAAAUAUUUGCCCUCG